AUGAUUCCCUGUCCGAUUUGUGUCCUCAAAGCUGCGAGGAUGCUCUCCACACGUGUUGGCCAGAGUGGUCGGGACUGUAACAACAGACCCUUUGUUUUGAAGCCCGUCUCGCAGUCGAUCUUCGAGCACCUGCAAGAGUUUCGAAACGAGUUCGAAAACCAUACUCAUCUCCGUAUCCACAUAGACCAAAUCGAAAAAGAGAACAUCGUCGUCUAUGAAUACUUUAAGACGGAUUUGCUUUCGUUGGUCGAGAACUACCCGGCCCUUCCAAUAACAAUGAGGAAGACAAUCUUGAAGGAGGUCGGACUAGCACUUGCUGAGAUCUCAAUGCACGCGAAAAACUGGAUACAUUUAGAUGUAAAGCCGAACAAUUUUCAUCUAGAGAAGCUAGCCUUAGGCGAUCUGGACUGUGCCUUGAAAUUGAAAGGCGAAAGAUUACUCAAUGAUAGGACUGGGAACGUUAUGUGGCGCAGUCCGGAAGGACAACGGGGGAAAGGCGUUGGAAAACCUUCCGAGGUCUUCUCCUUUGCGCUUUUGUGUCUCUACGUUAUCACAGGAGUGCAAAUUUUCGACCUAAAUUUCGAGGAAGUUGAGACUGAGCCUGAGGUAGUGGUUUACGCGCUCAAAAAACAUGUCAACGUCGAGAAGGCGGGUGGGCUCGUGACCAGUUUGUGGCAAGCAAUAAGAGAAAACGAAGCAUAUGAUGAUCUCGCGGAAUGGUCAGAGGAUGUGUUUCCUAACCUAAAUGACGAAGCAAACAGGCUGAUCUUGCGGAUGACGGAUCUUAAUCCUGCGAGGAGAGCGCCGUUAUCCGACACUAUUACGGAAAGAUAUUGGAACGUGGGAUGA